AUGGGCAAGAAGCGAAGCCACGAUUCCGGCGGAGGGUUUUUGGAGUCUUCGCAGAAGAAGCAGAAACACUCGGCAUCUUCUAGCGACAAGUCCCUCAUUCCAAAACCCGCAUCCUCUCACGUAGGUCAAAGUCUUUCUCAAGUCAGCGAGAGCCAAAAGAACACACGAAAACUUGUUUCAGAGCCCCUGUCAGACAGCGACAGAGAGGCCCAUGAUUAUCCUCAGCAAGCGUCCAUGUCUACUCAGGCCCAAGUCCAAGAUCCACGGCUUUCGGGCAAUGCACUUCACGUUAAGCAGUCGAAUGGCAAUGGCGACUCUAUAUCUUUGGGCAAGGCUCUGAAUUUUCCAGUGUUUCAACAAUCUUCGUCCGUAUCCACCCAACACCGUCCAUCCUCCACAUCUCCAAAAGAGUCCGUCAAGUUUCCACCUUACAAUGGCCGCCCUUCAACCCUCCCGCCACUUCCACCUAUCCUAGACAAGGCUCUCCAGUCCGUUGCGUUCACGCAUCCGGGCUCUCUGAGCUGCGACACAGCCUCAAAGGUUAACAUCAGCUACGAUCGCCUCGAAUUCCUUGGCGACGCUUACAUCGAGCUCAUGGCAACACGAGUAAUCUUCCCUCGCUUUCCACGUCUUGCAGCCGGUAGACUAUCUCAGCAGCGUGAAAUGCUUGUCAAAAACGAAACACUUGCUGAAUACGCCCUCGCGUACGGUUUUGAUGAGAAAGCCAAGCUGCCUAGUACUUACAACACGCCAGGGAAAGACAGCAGAAAGCUAUGGCUGAAGACUUUGGGCGACAUUUUCGAAGCCUUUGUAGCUGCCGUCAUCAUCUCAGAUCCUGAACAAGGAUUUCAAGUUGCAGAAGCAUGGCUCGCAGCGCUUUGGGAAUUAAAGCUGGGCUCGCAAAAACGCGAGGAUACAGAGAUAGUAGAUCCAAAGGCCAAAAUGCAGCUGGCGGCGAAAAUCAUGGGCAAAGGAAUCAAAAUCCACUACCGUGAUGAAGCACCUCCCGUGGAGAUUAGGCAGGAAGGAAAGCUGAUCUUUCAAGUCGGUGUCUAUCUGACAGGAUGGGGUUGGAAGGAUCAGCAUCUAGGAAGUGGGAAAGGACUGAACAAGCAAGAAGCAGGUCAGAAGGCCGCGGCGGAUGCAAUGGUGAAUCCGUUGACGGCGCAGGUGGCGAGUGUCAAGAGAGAUUUUGAUGCGCAGGUGGCGUUGGAGAGGAGUUUUCAGGACGAGGCAGAUAAGGAGAAGGAGGGUGGAGUUGGGAGAUGA